CUUAUUCCAACUGUCCACUAUAUGACACGUGCACAACACCCACCACCCCAACAUGCACUAACGCUUGGGGGGCUUCACCGGUCUCCUCUCUCUCACUCCCUCUCCAGCCGCCGCUUCGCCCCGUCGCUCCAUUCUUCAGCAGUUUCCACCCUGAGAGAGAGAGAGAGAGUGCUAGCGUUGCUCAAUUCAAUUCCCAAUUCUUCGACUACUGACUUCACAGAUGCAAAAAGCUGUUGCCUUCUGGAUAUCCUCCAAUGGCUUCGAAUAUACAGAUCCUUCUCCUCAUUCGCUUUUGACUUUAUUCCACUGAUGGAAAUUAAACUGGUAUCGUACAUUGACAAAUAUUCAUACUUCGUAGGGUUUUACAACUACCACCGUCGGAUUGAUUUCCCUGUCUAAAAACACCUCUUGAUCUCAUUCUUCGCACAGAAACAUACAUACAUAUAUACACACACACAGGAAUAGCCGAGUUUGUUAAAACCAAUCAUGAGAGCCAGAUUGAUUGUUUUUCCGAUCAGAGGAAGGAACUGGUGCUUUAGCAGGCCGAUUGACCAGGCAACUUUGGACUCGCAGUCUGCUUAUACUCCUUCCACGUUCAAGGAACUCUGGAAGAACAUCUCCUCCUCUUCCAAUGACAAGUCCUUCAACUCCAACGCAGAGCUCCUCAUUGAUUUUGCUUCUAAUAAGAUGAAUCGAGCUUGGACAGGUCUUGAAAAGGCGCCUCCUGGAAGCUUCAAAAACAAGCUUUAUGGUUUGGGAUUGCGCCUUUUGGCUCGUGUUAAGCCUUCUGAGAUUUUCCUCAAAUCUAUUUCUAAGGAGGUUACAAAAGUUGAAGUUACAUUCCCGUCAAGUUUAAGUCCACGACUUGUACGCAGAAGGUUAAGGCAUAUUGCCCAAAGGGGAACUAUUAUUCACAAGAGAUACUUCUACGGAUCAGUUUCAUUGCUUCCACUAACAACUGCCUUCACCGUUUUACCUUUGCCUAAUAUCCCAUUCUUUUGGGUCCUGUUCCGCAGUUACUCUCAUUGGAGAGCUCUCAAGGGAAGCGAGAGACUUCUUCAACUAGUCUCGGACUCUUCUGUCACAACAACAAACAAGAGCGAAAAUGCAGCCGAUGACACACAAAAUACAAUCCAACAUUCAGUAGAUCCUUCAUGGCUGUUGCAGCCAUCAAAGGAACUUGAAGAACUCAUUCAACGUGGAGAUAUUCACGGUGGACUCAGCAAGUGUCUGAUAUCCACCAUCUGCAAGACUUACGACCUGAACAAGAUAGAUGUUCUGAAGUACCAAGAUUCCAUUUAGUCAAUGUGUGUAUUUGUCUUCGGCAAGUGCAGCAUAAAAGGUUUUUUCAAUGAAAAAAGAAAUGUCAUUUCCCGCUUCUUUUCCUUUCUCCUUUUGUCGUAAUAUUGAGCGCGUUCUUGUUAAAUUUAGGAUUGAGAUUAUGAGGAUGUACAUGAUGACAAUUUUGAUGUCAUUUUUGGGUUUAUAUACCUCUGGCUAGUUUCUAGCAGAAGCAGUUUCAACAAGAACUCCAUUUUGGUAAAAAUAAUACACUCGCCGUUGCUUGUGGUGGCUAUUUGUGUAA